AUUAAGGCCUAUCCAAUAUCCAUCGGUUCGUCGCCGGAUCAAAAGAAGAACCGGUUAAACUCCGACGGGAACAAAAGCAAAUUGUGUAAACUUCCGACGAUUCAGUGCUACCAUGGCGAUCGAUUCUAUUCCUCCCAUCAUCGCUGCUCAGCUGAAUUACUUAGUCACACACUGUCCAUUCUCUGUCAAGGUGGAGAAUAUGUGGCCAGGAGGCAAAAACACUGGUUUAUUUGAUCGUUUCUCCUUAGUCAUCCCCUUUUGCCUCGAUUACAUCAAAUGGGAUGUGAUUUAUAAUGCAGCGUAUCCGUUGGCAGCACCAGAUGUUAUAUUUGGGCCGGAAGAUGAAAAUUUUCGGCCCUAUCGUGUUAUUGGCGAAGCUAGUGACUCAAAAUCAUUGAAGAAUCCUCUUACUGAUUGGAAUAGUAGAGACCCGACUCGUCUGUUUUCUCUAGUUCUGCAACUCAGGGAGUUGUACAAAGCGUAUCAAAAGAAAAGAGUUGAAGAAGUUGAUGAUGACAGGUUGAAGUUUGAAAUCAGCACAAUGCUCGCCAGAGAGGGAAUUGAAAUGUCUCUGAGUUCAAAUGUUGAUAAGCCAGAAGAGGUUAAAUUCGCUGUCCCUUUGCUGGAUUUGGAUUUGAACAAAAUGGUUGUUGGAUCCACAUGGCGCCAUCAGCAAAAGAUAUACUUACAGGUUAUAUAUCCGAUUGGCAGAAAAUACUCCAGUGCUCCUUCUGCUCCACGUUUGAAAUUGGUUUCUUCUUCUGAAUUGAAGUCUCUAUUCUCAAUUGAUGAUUUUAGGCUUCCUGCAUGGUUGGAUGGAAUGUGCAUGGCUGAGUACCUUCCAACUUUAGAAGAAAUGCUUGAAUCGCAGAUUAAAGAUGCAGUUGCAUCCGUUGAAAGUAGAAGGAAGCUCAUUAUGGCAUUAGCUCCUCUUUUUGGAAGGCCAGUAGAAGCCGAUCCAGUUUUCUGCAGGAAAGCGACUUUUCUAUCUUCCUCUGGGGUAUUUACUUUUCUGGUUCAUGUUGCCAUCCCACUUCAGUUCCCUAAGCAGCAGCCAAGUUUGAUGUUUCAGAGUUCGCAGCACUUUAAUUCUCAAGCUCUGCCCAUCAAGUCUCCGGUGAUUACUGAAUAUCCAUGGAGUCCCAGAUGGGAAAUAUCAGAUAUGGCUGAGCGGAUCUUCGAUUUCCUUGUUGAAGAAUGCUUGAAUUUCAAGAAAUACUGCAAUGAAACCAUGCUUCAGAACCGAUGAAAGCAGCGCUUACAAGAGUUCAUUUGUUUUAUAUUUUGGUGAUGUUUCUGUAUUCCAAGUCUUUUAGACUGUGGAUGUUUGUAAUGUAAUGUUUCUAGAUGUGCAGAAGUUAGAACCUUACAAGGACCGAACAGCUUCCUAAUUUUGCAUGCUCUAUCCCCUGCUUUUCUAAGUGGAGAACAAUUUUUGUGAUCCUAAUCUUUUGUGUAAUUAAAGGAGCUUAUGAUAAUAGCAUACCAAGAAAGUUUGUGUGAGAUUCA